CAGUCCUUACAAGCUGCAGCGGUGAUCGAAAAAUUUGGCAUCGAUUAUUUCUGCCUGAACGUAAUGUUUUCCCGUCUAAAAGCGGACGCGAUGAUGCCCUGGCAGGCGUACAUUACAACUUUAUUAUUGUCUUAAAUUAAGACUGCUAGUGUUUUUUUGUAGCCACAUUGGCUGUCAAUAAUCAGGUGACGUUAAAUCAGGAGUUUGAACAGUGGAGAAAAUCAAACUCUUAAGCAGGUCCAGUACCAGGCCUGAAGUUCUCUCAUCCUAGCGCCUCACAAAACGGCAUUUGUCUUUCUUAUGCGUUUUAUUUAAUUCACUGGAGUUUAGUUUUCCGAACACUUCGUUGAGUUUUGAAGAUGGAGACAGACAAAUUUAACUAUGUUUAUAGUUGCGAUCUGGACAUAAACGUCCAACUGAAAAUAGGAAGUUUAGAGGGCAAGAGAGAGCAGAAGAGUUAUAAAUCUCUGCUGGAGGAUCCCAUGCUGCGCUUCUCAGGACUCUAUCAGGAGAGCUGCUCUGACCUCUAUGUCACCUGUCAGGUGUUUGCUGAGGGCAAACCUCUCGCCCUACCAGUACGAACAUCCUACAAGGCCUUCAGCACUCGAUGGAAUUGGAAUGAGUGGCUUAGGUUGCCAGUGAAGUAUCCUGACCUGCCUCAGAGUGCCCAAGUGGCUUUAACUGUGUGGGAUGUGUAUGGACCUGGCCGUGCCACACCUGUUGGGGGUACUACAGUCACCCUGUUUGGGAAAUAUGGAAUGUUCCGGCAAGGCAUGCAUGAUCUGAAGGUGUGGCCGGGCGUCGAGGGUAACGGUAGUGAACCCACUAAUACACCAGGAAGGACCAGCAGCACUCUGGCAGAAGACCAGAUGGGCCGUCUGGCUAAGGGCCCAGACCUGGAGAUACUUAGUGACCUAACAAAAGCUCAUCGUCAGGGUCACAUGGUUAAAGUGGACUGGCUGGAUCGCUUGACGUUCAGAGAGAUUGAGAUGAUCAAUGAGAGUGAAAAACGUAGCUCUAAUUUUAUGUACCUCAUGGUGGAAUUCCCCCGGGUCAAAAGUGGAGAACGAGAAUACAGCAUUGUCUAUUAUGAAAAGGAUGCAGAUGAUUCUUCACCUUUGCCAACCAGUUCAGAUAUUGUGAAAGUUCCUGACCCUCAGAUGUGCAUGGAGAACCUCGUUGAGAGUAAACACCAUAAACUGGCUCGUAGUUUACGGAGUGGACCAUCUGACCACGAUCUCAAACCUAACGCAGCCACAAGAGAUCAACUCAAUAUCAUAGUGAGCUACCCACCAACAAAACAGCUGAGCUCAGAGGAACAGGAUCUUGUCUGGAAGUUCAGAUAUUACCUUACCACACAGGAGAAGGCCCUGACAAAGUUCCUGAAGUGUGUGAACUGGGAUCUGCCACAAGAGGCCAAACAGGCUCUGGAGCUGCUGGGAAAGUGGAGGCCGAUGGAUGUGGAGGAUUCCCUGGAGCUGUUGUCCUCUCAGUUCAGUAACCCCACUGUCAGACGAUACGCCGUCGCGAGGUUGCAGCAAGCUGACGAUGAGGAUCUUUUAAUGUACUUACUCCAGCUGGUGCAGGCAUUGAAGUAUGAGAACUUCAAUGAUAUCCAGGGUGGUUUGGAGCCUGCCAGUAAGAGAGACAGCCAGGGGGGUCUGGGAGAGAGUUCAACACUAGGAGAUCUGGACAGUUCCCAGAUGGUGUCCACAAUCACAGUGAUGCCCACCUCACAGAAAGGCAAAGAUGGAGCAGAUGGUGAAAAUCUAGAGCAAGAUCUGUGCACCUUUCUUAUAUCACGUGCCUGCAAAAACUCAACACUGGCAAACUAUUUAUACUGGUAUGUAAUAGUGGAGUGUGAGGAUCAGGACACACAGCAUAGAGACCCAAAGACCCAUGACAUGUAUAUCAAUGUAAUGAGGAGGUUCAGUCAGGCUCUGCUUAAGGGUGAUAAGUGUGUGAGAGUGAUGCGCUCCCUGCUAGCCGCUCAGCAGACAUUUGUAGACAGACUCGUGCAACUCAUGAAGGCUGUUCAGAGAGAAAGUGGAAACCGCAAGAAAAAGACAGAGCGGUUACAGUCUUUAUUAGCUGACAAUGAAAAGGUGAACCUGUCAGAGAUCGAGCCCAUUCCUCUUCCUCUAGAACCUCAGAUCCGCAUCAAAGGCAUCAUACCCGAGACUGCCACGCUUUUCAAGAGUGCUCUGAUGCCCGCUAAGCUUAUCUUCAAGACGGAGGACGGGGAACAGUAUCCAGUCAUCUUCAAACAUGGAGAUGACCUGAGACAAGACCAACUCAUUUUACAGAUUAUUUCACUCAUGGACAAGUUGCUGAGAAAAGAGAAUCUGGACCUGAAGUUAACACCGUACAAAGUUCUGGCGACCAGCACCAAACAUGGUUUUAUGCAGUUUGUGCAGUCAGUGCCUGUGGCUGAAGUUUUGGCCACAGAAGGCAAUAUUCAGAGUUUCUUUAGAAAACAUGCUCCAAAUGACAAGGGGCCGUACGGCAUCAGCUCUGAAGUCAUGGACACGUAUGUUAAAAGCUGCGCGGGCUAUUGUGUCAUCACCUAUAUUCUUGGGGUGGGAGACAGACAUCUGGACAACCUGCUUCUCACAAAGACUGGGAAGUUGUUUCACAUAGACUUUGGAUAUAUUCUGGGCCGUGAUCCUAAACCUCUGCCACCACCCAUGAAACUGAGCAAAGAAAUGGUGGAGGGAAUGGGGGGAAUGCAGAGUGAACAAUACCAAGAGUUCAGGAAACAGUGUUAUACCGCAUUUUUACACUUGCGCAGAUACUCCAAUCUUAUUCUGAAUCUCUUCUCUUUGAUGGUGGAUGCUAAUAUUCCUGACAUUGCACUGGAGCCUGACAAAACCGUGAAAAAGGUUCAGGACAAAUUUCGAUUGGACCUCUCAGACGAGGAGGCGGUGCAUUACAUGCAGAGUCUGAUUGAUGAGAGUGUAGGAGCGCUGUUUGCUGCAGUGGUUGAGCAGAUACACAAAUUUGCACAGUAUUGGCGCAGAUGAGUUGAUGUCAUGGAGGCUGGUUCUCACAAUGCGCAACAGACCGAUGGACUGCAAACACAAGAGAAUGUUGAGAAAGAAAUGGACUGGUGCCAAGGCCAUGCGUUGCUAUAUCAUGUACUCACCAUGAGCUGUAUAUAAUAUUUAAAAUUGUAAUAAUUAACUUCAUGUACAAAAGCCAAAUAAAUAUUCAAACUUUA